GCUUUUUCGGGGUAAACAAGCAGUUACGCUGUUGAGCCAUGCAUUCAGUGAAAAUGAGACGUGUUACGAAAUGAUGUGACAUGACAAUCCUACAGGGUAACUGUGUACGUACCAGAACAAAGGGCAGUGAAGUGAUUUCUCGCACUUCUCCUCACAGCUCUUCGAAGAACGUGCUGCGAGUUGAACGCCUCCACUUAGUUUGGGUCAGCAGAAGCAUCAGCAUGUUCACCACCUUCGCGGAUCACCUGACCAACCUUCAUUACGAGAUGUGGAGACAAAACUUGCCUGAUUUUUUCACUAUGCACCUUUACGUGACGCAAGGUAACCCACACGAGACUAUGUCGAAUGAAUUUUGGCAGAAGUACCAAUUACUUGCGAACCGAAUACGUGUGGGAAGACCAGAUUGGUCACGUCUGUUUCGUGAGUGGCAGACGGUAUACCAAAGGCAAAAGGUCGCCGUGUUUUCGUGCGGACCGGCUUCACUCAACAAGGAAAUCAAGAAGCACUGUCACAUCGCCACCCUGGCGGGGCACAAGUUCUCGUUCUACAAGGAGAGCUUCGCCUGAGACUCUCGUAUCCGCGAGCGGGACAAGCCGAACGAGAACGUCUUAGGUGCUGCCGGCUGCACUUCCCAGUCAUUGCUUGUGAUACUCGCUGUUUGCGCUGUGCUGUCUUUAGAAGUGACCUGAACCUCGAUCACCGGAAACUCAAACCUAUUGUGCAUCGGACUGUCACGGGAACGACGCUCAGCAAGUGCCUCUGCAAGUGAAUGUCUGCAUCGGUGAUGCAACGGGUCCUUUGUCUCAAUGAGAGAGGACUUCCGGGUCGCUUGACCUUUCCUUCAGAGACGUUCUGUUAUUUGUUGUUGACUGCUGCGCUGUGCCUGAUAUCAACUGCUCCGUUUAUUUAUUUGUUAGUUGAUGUUAUUUACCGGCAACGCGCCCCCGCUAAUACGCGUUUAAGAUUACGUUUAUUUUAGCGCGAGAGAGUUCCUUCUGUUGUCUCACUACCAGAGCCACGUUGUUUUUUUUUCUUUGACGAAUAAAAAUAAGUCCUAGACUUGAGACAUGUUGUUUGCA